GCUCACUCCAGGCAGCCAGAGAGGGACGAUGCGUUCUCUCUCCACGCUGAGCCUGCUGGCAGUCCUGCCAGGUCUGCUGUGGGCCUCACACACCACUCUGCUGGUGGAGGGGGACAACGACGCCUCCAGGAUCUGCAAACCCGCCCCCCACUGGGAAAUCAAUGGAAAGGCACCCAUGAAGGGGGUGCUGGGAGGCGUGGCUGUGGUGGCCCUGCUGAAGGCCAGCUGACAUUUCUGCCUCACUCAGGCCUCCAAAAUCGGAGGCCUGCGUGCUAAGCUGACCCGCAGCAACAUGACAGGCGUGCAUUUCAUGAUCGUGAAUGAGCGUGAUGCUCACUCCAGAGCGAUGUACUGGGAGCUGAAGAGAAGAGCGCCGCCGGGAGUCCCCGUUUACCAGCAGGCGCCUCUACAAAGUGAUGUGUGGGAGGCCCUGGACGGAGACAAGGACGACUUCCUGGUUUAUGACAGGUGUGGUCUCCUCACCUUCCACAUCGUGCUGCCUUAUAGUUUCCUGACUCAGCCUUACGUAGAGGCUGCGAUCAGAGCCACUUACUACAAAGACAUCUGCAACUGCUCAUCAUCCUCCAUUCUAUCAAGUGAUGGAUUCAGCGACUCAAACAACGGCACACUUCAAGUUAACGGCACCCAAACAGGGCCGACGCUCGUCCCAGACAGUGUCGACCAAGGAGACUCAUCGUUGGGGACGGCUCGUCCACACCAUCACCAUCAUCACCACCAUUAUCAUCAUCAUCAUCAUCAGCAUCAACCACACAAUCACCAACAUAGCAGAGACCAGGAUCCAGUCCCACACCGCAACCACAGCGACCACAGCAGGGUGUAA